AUGGCUUCACCCGCCUCCUCCAGCAAAGUCGGCGGCGGCCUCGCCUCAACUUCUCAAUCCCUCAAACCUAUCGAAGUCGCUUCGGAAGCAUUCACUCAAUCUCUGAUUGAAAUCCAUAAAGUCGUUGCCCCUCAUACUCCCUACCAAGAAUGGGUUACGUCGUUCCUGUCCCCAGCGAACAAUGUCAUUCUGCCACCUCCAGCAAGGGAUUCGGAUCUUAGCUUCCCGUUGAACAAUUACUUUAUUAGUUCCAGUCAUAAUACCUAUUUAGUGGAUCAUCAACUGUACGGCAAGGCAACAGUGCAGGGGUAUAUCAAUGUAUUGGAAAGAGGGUGCAGAUGCGUAGAAAUCGAUUGCUGGGAUGGAGAUGAUGGAGAGCCUAAGGUCGACCACGGCUGGACUCUCACAGAAGCUAUCACCUUCAAAUCUGUCUGCGAAGCCAUUGGCAAACACGCAUUUACCCAUUCCGACCUUCCAUUGAUGAUAAGUCUAGAAUGCCACACCAGCAUCGAGCAACAAGAGAAGAUGGUAGCAAUAAUGAAACAUUGCUGGGGUGAUAAGCUCCUAGAAACCGAACUUUCGGAUUGGAGUGUGGUUGACAAAAAACUCCCACCACCUGGAUUACUAAAGAACCGCAUCCUUGUCAAGGUCAAAUACCUCCCACCAGAUGCCCAACCCGGAGCACCUGCUCCGGUCCAAGAACUCACCUCACAAACCACCAAUCUCUCCAUCGAAGACGAAGACGAGUCAGAAGGAGAUCCAGAUGUUAAAAAGAAGGCCCCCAAAGUCAAAAUCUGCAGAGCUCUAUCCUCCCUAGGUGUCUAUUCCUCAGCCAUGACAUUCCCGAAUACCUUCGACCACCCUUCUGCCACUCGUCCAAACCACAUUUUCAGCUUUUCCGAAAAGAAGUUUAAUAAACUACACGAAGAACAAACAGAUGCGCUGUUCACUCAUAACAGAUAUUACCUCGCCAGGAUCUACCCACACGGUCUACGAAUCUCAUCCUCAAAUCUCAACCCCCAGGAGUUUUGGCGUAGAGGCGCACAGCUCGUCGCUUUGAACUGGCAAAAAGUAGACAAGGGUAUUACAUUCAACGAAGCAAUGUUCGCUGGUACUGGUGGAUACGUCUUGAAACCCGACUCCCACCUUUCGAACCUCGCGACUCCGCGUUUGAUCUCCGACCUGAAAAAGGACGUCCGUCUCAAGAUCGUGGUGAUAGCCGGUCAAUCUCUCCCUCUUCCCAAAGGCGACACGGACGCCAAGGGGUUCCAGCCUUAUGUCAAAGUAGUACUCCACUUGUCACAAACGCUUAAGCAAAAGCAUAAGACAAAACACGGGAAGGGGGUUAAUGUUAGAUGGGAGAAGAAGAAUGUGUUGGAGUAUGAUGCUAAGGGGGUUGUGCCCGAAUUGUCCUUUGCUAGGUUUAAGGUUUAUGAUGAUGAGUUUGGAAAGGAUGAUAAGAGUGCUUGGGCUUGUGUUCGAUUGGAUAGGUUGAAGACUGGAUAUGGACACUUGAGGUUGUUUGAUAUGAAGGGCAGAGAGACAAAUGGUGUUUUGUUGUUGUAUAUUGAGAAGACAGUGGAGUAA